AUGGCUUCGCCGCGAGCACCGGAAGGUCCAGCAGCGCCGGCUGUUGCUGGCCAGGACCAGGAGCUGCAUCGGGGUUCCCCGCAAGUUGCCGACGAGGGUUUGCGGCCGCCUAAGGGAAAGGAGAAGAAACGAGUUGGCUUCGCGAGCGACCGCCAAUCUCCAGAAAACGGCCCUGGAAGUCCUUUUUAUGUCACGCCGAGCGAAUCGCAGGUUGAUGCCCAGGACUACUUCGCCUACACGCCCUCGCCGCACAGCAAUAGUUCCACGCCAAUGCACGGCCCUAGCCCAGCCAGACGACCGUCAAUCGACGAAGACGAGCUUGCUGCCUCUGUGGCGCAAUAUUUUGAACGUGAGUAUGAGCGUGGACAGCCCGGCAGUGUGGCCGGCCCGAGCCGGCCGCGCCCGGUGCUUCGGAAGUCGAGCACUCUUCCGACCUGUGCCGACAUCGCCCCCUCGCCUCACAAGUCCGAAGUGGAGGCCAAACAUCGAGCCGAUCGGCUCGCCUAUUCAGUUGGAACUUCCUCGGUCCCAGUAUCAAGAAGAGGAUCUGUCGACUCUGAGAUAGGAACCUUGGACAGAGAUGGCUUGCUCGGCUCAGCAGCAACAAGGGCUCAAGACUUUGCGCCACUGGGGGAGACGGAGAAUCUUGCUCCCCGCAGGAACGCGCAGCAAGAGGCUGACCAGCUGGUGAGGCGCCACAGGCGUCACAAGAGCCCUUUGAUACACUCCACCCUUCCCCCACGGUCAGGCACGGCCACGCCUAUUGAGCACGAUCUGGAAUACGUCCCCCCUCCACAAAGCUAUAAGGGAGGGAUUCUGGGCACACUUCUUAAGCUGUACGGUACCGAAGACAAGAAUGGGUCACCAUACACCGACUCUAGUGCACCCAGCACGCCCGGUAGCUCCCCCCCUGCAUCGAGGUCCAGUACGCCAAGGCCAGACGGUCGCCGCCGGGGAUGGAAGACACAGUCAUCCAGCACAUUGGCUGGGCUCAUGGAGUCAUCAUUCAUGUUUGCCGCUCCGGGUUCCAGCAAGGACAUUUCAGAGGCAGUAUCUGAAAAGGUCAGGCAGGAGACGGGGAAGUCAAAGAAGUCGGCCAGAUCCAAGAAAAAGGCCGACGAGUAUCGCAUCAAAAUCCAUAUCGCGGAGAUCAUCAACCGCCACACUUACCUCCUGAAACUAUGCAAAGCCCUGAUGACAUACGGCGCUCCCACACACCGGCUGGAAGCGUACAUGAGGAUGUCGGCCCGUGUCCUCGGCAUCGAAGGGCAGUUUCUAUACCUCCCGGACACCAUGAUCAUUUCGUUCGACGACAGCAACACGCACACAACCGAAGUCAAGAUUGUCCGUGCGAGUCAGGGUCUGGAUUUUGGUAAAUUGCGAGACGUCCACGAGAUAUACAAGGAGGUGGUGCAUGACCGCAUCGGCGUCGACGAAGCGACAGCACGCUUGGACGAGAUCACAGCACGGAGACCCAAAUUCCCUGUCUGGUUGCGAAUUUUGCUCUAUGGAGUGGCCUCGGCUUCCGUCGCACCCUUUGGUUUUGAGGGUCGUUACAUCGAUAUGCCCGUGUGUUUCCUCCUCGGCUGUUUGGUGGGAUUUCUGCAGCUCUGUAUCUCCCCUUCCAACGAACUCUACGCCAAUGUUUUCGAGAUUACGGCAGCGGUAAUGACUUCAUUCUUGGCCCGCGUGUUUGGAUCGAUACGGGGCGGCAAACUGUUUUGCUUUUCUUCUCUCGCCCAGGCGUCCAUUGCCCUGAUCCUGCCGGGUUACAUGGUUCUCUGCGCAAGCUUGGAGCUUCAGAGCCACCAGUUGGUCUCAGGCUCGGUGCGCAUGGUUUAUGCACUCAUCUACACCCUCUUCCUCGGCUACGGGUUCACCAUUGGGUCGGUUAUCUACGGGUACAUGGAUGACAACGCCGUCAGCGCGGUACACUGUCCCAUCGGCGACACCUGGUACACCCAGCGGCCGCCUGAGAACUACUAUUUGUUUUUCGUCCUCCCUUUCACGCUAUGCCUUUGCGCUAUCAACCAGGCCAAGUGGAAACAAACACCAGUGCAAGUCUUCAUCUCUCUCGCUGGCUUCGUCGUCAACAAUUUCUCCUCGCGCUUCUUCAAGGGCAACGGCAUCGUGUCCAGCUCCCUCGGCGCAUUGACAAUUGGCGUCUUAGCCAACCUCUACUCCCGUCUCGGCCGCUAUGCGCAAAACUGGCUCCUCGAUAUAUGGGAGCGCCACUUCGAGCACCGCCUUCGCCGCCUGUCCGGCAAACACCGACAUCCUUCCCCGUAUUACAACUACCCGCCCGCCGCAGGCUCGGACGACACCCUUGCCCAAAAAGAACGCGACCCGGAAAUGGACCCGCCACUCCCCAACCGCGCGGGCAUCACUCCCCGCGCGCGCCAGAUCGGCUACGGCCUCGCGGCCGCCGCCAUGCUCCCCGCCAUUUUCGUCCAGGUGCCCUCCGGCUUGGCCGCGAGCGGCUCGCUGCUCAGCGGCGUGACGAGCGCUGACCAGAUUGUGCGCAACGAGACGCUGCUCGCCAACGGCACCGUCAUCAAUGGGACCGUGCUGUCGACCACCUCCUCGGCGCCGUCGUCCUCGGACCUGAACAACUCGGCGUUUAGCGUGCUGUUUAGCGUCAUCCAGGUGGCCAUCAACAUCUCGGUGGGCCUAUCGCUGAGCGCCUUGUUGGUGUAUCCUUUUGGCAAGAGGCGGAGUGGUUUGUUCAGUUUUUAG